CUCCCCUCGCGGAGCCAGAAAUAGUCGCGAGUGACGGCAACGGCACCGCGACGACGGCGACGAGACGCGACGGUCGCAGUCAGUGUCGUCUCGGGCUCCAUUCGACUUCACAGCCACGGCCUACCAGCCGCUCCGUGACACCUGACCGGGCGUGACCGAGCACCCACGACCGCCGCCGGACGGCGACCGUGACCUGCAGCUGACCUGUCGUGACCCCAGCGACCCAGCGGGAAACCCGAGCCGACACCAUGCCAGGCAGCCGGACUAAUUUCUUCGGCGGGGUCAGAGACGACUUCAAGUGAGAGAGCGGAGCCUGGAGACGGCGCGACGUCAGACCGAGAGACGGAGUGCUGUCUACGGAAGGAGCGACCGACGGGAGGACUGGUGGAUAGCAGAAGUGAGCAGUGUGCUACGGCCAACAGCAAGUACAACGCAAUAGACAAACUCAACGAAAAAAAAAACAGACGGGAGAGUGCGAGCGCCGAGCUGCUGAGGGUUCACCAUCCACCGCCGUGCCGGCGAUAGUCAAACAGGCAGACAGACAGACAGACAGACACAGACACACACGCGAUGGAGGCGGCGACAGAGGAGCGGCUGAGCGCCGACCCGGAGCCGGAGCCGGAGCCGCGGCUGGUGACCGAACAUCCGGACAACCCGGAGGACUAUGACGCCAGCGUCGAGCAGAAGGUGGAAACGCGUGAGGAGCACGGCACUGAGACCGACUCCGAGGGCGACGAGUACGAGACGCUCACCACCAUCACACGCACACUGCGCAAGACCACCUACCGGCCCAAGCACAGUGACGCCGUCUGGACUGAGGACAUGAACGCCAAUAAGAAGUUGUACGGGAAGGACCUGAGCGAGUAUGAGAACAUGGACCUGGACGAGCUGUUGGACCAGCUCACACCGGAGGAGGUGGACAUCCUUACCAGGGACGUCGAUCCGGACGAUGACCUGAUGCCGCCCAGCCAGCGGACCUCGUACCGCUGUGAGAAGGACCCCACCGGCCCGCUGAAUAGGAAGCGGCUUAUUGAACACAUUCAGCAGCAGGCGCUGAACGAGCCCGACCGGCCUGAGAUGGUGCCCUACCAGCAGGGCGUGGUCAGAGGCAAAAAGUGGAUCCCGCCGCCACCGCCGCUGGCCGAGCAGCGUCUGGAGGAGGAGAUCGCCCUCGACCUCGGUGACGAGUACGAAUCGGCCCUGGGCGAGGCCAACGAAAACGAACUGGUCGACCUGGCAGCGAUCCUGGGCUUCCACUCGAUGAUGAACCAGGACCAGUACCACGCCUCGCUGCUCGGAAAGCGGAUCGAAUCGGACGUCGGCUGGGCGGGCAUCACGCGCGCCACCCGGCCCAAGCCGAUGGCGCCCGAGCCGCCCAACAUGACCGACCCGGAGCAGUCCAUCGAGCGGCUGCGCCAGGACGACCCUGACCUGCAGAUGCUCAACCUCAACAAUAUCAAGAACAUGUCUGAUGAGCAGAUUGAGCGGCUGUGCGACGCGGCUGCGUCCAACACCCGUCUGGAGAACCUCUACAUGUCCAACACGGGCCUGAGUGACCGGCACGGGGAGCACCUGGUGGCGCUCAUCGAGAAAAACAAUACCAUCAAGGAGAUCAGUAUCGAGUCCAACUUCAUCAGUCCUGCUAUGAUUGCGCGGCUAGUAAAGGCGUUGCUCAAGAAUAAAACUGUUGAGGCCUUCCGAGCUGCCAACCAGCGAUCUCAGGUGCUGGGUAAUAAGAUCGAGAUGGAGAUCACCAAGUACGUGGAGGACAACCCCACCAUCCUGCAGAUGGGUCUGCACUUUGAGUUCAACGACGCCCGGGCGCGCGUCUCGGCGCAGCUACAGAAGAACCGCGACAGGUUUCGGAAGGCACGUCGAGAGGCUGCUUCCAAGUCGAAAUAAGCGUGUGUGUGCUCUGCGCUAGUGCGACUGAGGCGCAUCGGCAGGGCCUGUCGCAACUCCACUGCCGGCUUCGUCCGGCGCCAGCUGCCGGUGUAGACGGCCGCGUUCAGCGCCGGCGCCCCGGGCGUCCGUUGGGCGCACCCAGUCCGGCGCCCGCGGGGCGCACCCAGUCCGGCGCCCCCGCGGGCACCAGCGGCGAGCACCCAAUGCGGCGCCCCGGGCGUCCGUGGGCGCACCCAGUCCGGCGCCCGCGGGCACCAGCGGCGAGCACCCAAUGCGGCGCCCCGGGCGCCCGCGGGGCGCACCCAGUCCGGCGCCCCGGGCAUCAGCGGCGAGCACCUUAUGUAGUGGCUCCUCCUCUCGCUUGGCUUCUCUCCGCGGCGGUGGCGACCGGCCACCGGGCCGGCCGGCCGCCCGUGUCGAGAGCGCGCGCUCGCGCCGCCCGCCGGCCGCUUUCCUUGUACGAUGCGCCGCCGUCGGGCGAUGUGACUUGAUGUUUUUACUUUUUACACAUACUUUGCCGGGUGGUAUAGCUGACGUGGGCCUUGUUUGGAUGCGCGGACUCCCGGGCAGAAGCCCCAUUUUACAGAGGACUCCGAUGACACGUAGUCGCCGAUGCAGCCUCAUAUUUUGUUUGCGAAAUGAAAGUUUAGGACCUAGGUGCUUGUCCGAGUGGAAUGGUAUUUAUGGAUUUAUUUGUAUCAAAUAAAAUGUGCAAAAUUGAA